AUAAAAGGUAGAGCACUCGAGUAUCUCCCCCUUCACUUGCAUAAAAGAAAAUCCCCCGUCUCGUCUCCUCCGCUCCUUGUGCCUGCGCCCAUCGACUCCAUCUGGCGACUCGCGAGAGCAGAGCAGGGGAGGGGGAGGGGAAGGGCGCCGUCGUCCUGUUGUUCACUCCUGACCUGCAUCACAUCUGGAGAUGUCUUUCCGCAGCAUAGUUCGUGAUUUCAGGGACAGUUUCGGGACUCUAUCCAAGCGGAGUUUCGAGGUGAAAAUUUCAGGCUUUUCGGGCCGUCACAGAGGGAAAUCCAUUGGACCAUCAAGCGAGCUGGAUGACACGCCCGUGGUAGCUCAGCAAAGCAAGUGGGCUGGUCUUCCUCCUGAAUUACUUCGCGACGUGAUGAAAAGGCUGGAGGAAGAUGAUAGCAAUUGGCCCUCCCGCAAGGAUGUUGUUGCCUGCGCUUCAGUUUGUACGACUUGGAGAGACAUGUGCAAAGAUAUUGUCAGGAACCCUGAAUUUUGUGGAAAGCUUACAUUUCCAGUGUCUCUUAAGCAGCCUGGACCUCGAGAUGGAGUAAUCCAAUGUUUCAUAAAAAGGGACAAAUCAAAACUAACUUAUCAUCUCUACCUGUGCCUUAGCUCUGCUGUGCUUGAUGAGACUGGAAAGUUCCUACUAUCAGCUAAAAGGAGCCGGCGAACGACACACACUGACUACAUCAUUUCUAUGGACUCCAAAAAUAUCUCCCGAUCAAGUAGUGGCUAUAUUGGGAAGUUGAGGUCAAAUUUCCUCGGCACCAAAUUCAUCAUCUAUGACACGCAGCCUCCAUACAAUGCUCGGACACUUUGCUCACAAGAACGGACGAGCCGUCGGUUCUCCUCUAGGAAAGUUUCCCCAAAAGUUCCAACGGGUUGUUAUCCCAUCGUGCAGGUGAAUUAUGAGCUAAAUGUGCUUGGAACCCGGGGACCAAGACGGAUGCAAUGCGCUAUGCAUUCCAUCCCAGCAUCAGCAGUAGAGCCUGGUGGCAUUGUGCCUGGCCAACCUAAAGAGCUCCUCCCAAGGUUAUUUGAGGAGUCCUUCCGCAGUAUGGCAACUUCCUUCUCCAAGUACUCCAUCACAGAUCAUUCGACAGACUUCAGUAGUUCUCGCUUCUCUGAGUUUGGGGGAGGGGCUCUGCAAGGGCAAGAGCAAGAGCAAGAUGGCGAUGAUGUGAACAAGGAGAGGCCUUUGGUUCUCCGGAACAAAGCACCAAGGUGGCAUGAACAGCUGCAAUGCUGGUGCCUCAACUUCCGUGGCCGUGUGACGGUGGCUUCAGUGAAGAACUUCCAGCUGAUAGCUGCUGCACCUCAGCCAUCUUCUGGAGCCGCCUCUGAACCUUCACAGGCAGGGCAGGCUGCACAACAGCAAACCCAACCUUCUCAGCCAUCGAGUUCGUCGUCGUCGUCAUCAUCCAACCAUGAUACGGUGAUCCUGCAAUUCGGCAAAGUUGCAAAGGACAUGUUCACCAUGGAUUACCGGUACCCAUUGUCGGCCUUCCAGGCUUUUGCUAUCUGUUUGACCAGCUUUGACACCAAGCUGGCAUGUGAAUAAAUGAGUAGAAUAGCGAUCAGAAAGCACUCCAGUGUACCUGAGGACCUAAGCCACUCCAGGCGUAUGGUAUUUUAGGAUAGGAGAAUUCUGUGUCUAGUCACUUGUGUGUAUUCAUGUGCAGUUCUUUGGUUGAAUCCUUGUGUUCCUCCGGCGUGCGUGUUUGUUAGAAGUGUAAAAAGGGGAUUGAAGUGUAGAUGUCUGUAAGAUAGAACAAGAUCUUGUUUCUUGUAUGUUGGGCUUAAAAAGUUUUGAGCAAGAGAAUGAAUGAAUGGUUGAGGGAGCCGUCGGUCUGAA